GGGGUCAGAGAUCACGUGCGCGGGGGAAGCCAUGGAGCGGGAGGACGGGGCGGCGGGAGCGGGGUUCCCCUUCUCGCCUGCUGACUCCUGCCCCGCUCGGUCGCCGGCGAAGUUUGCGGCUGAGCCCGCAGGAGCAGCAGCCAUGGCGGCGGUGUCCUCCUACGAGAGCUUGGUCCAUGCCGUGGCCGGGGCUGUGGCGGUGUAAGGAAUAAAUCAAUGAGAACACAGCAAUUCCGUCUGAUGAAAGAUUUAUACAAGGCAGUGUGACUGCAAUGACAGUAUUUUUUCCUUUGGAUACCGCUAGACUUAGACUUCAGGUUGAUGAGAAACGCAAGUCCAAGACAACUCACACAGUGCUACUGGAGAUAAUCAAAGAAGAAGGCCUCCUGGCACCAUAUCGAGGGUGGUUCCCUGUUAUUUCCAGCCUCUGCUGCUCCAAUUUUGUCUAUUUUUAUACAUUUAACAGUCUCAGAGCUCUCUGGGUCAAAGGCCAACAUUCAACCACAGGAAAAGAUUUGGUCCUGGGGUUUGUUGCAGGUGUCGUGAACGUACUCUUGACCACUCCACUCUGGGUCGUGAACACACGACUGAAACUGCAGGGAGCAAAGUUUAGAAAUGAAGAUAUUGUACCAACCAACUACAAGGGCAUUGUGGAUGCCUUUCAUCAGAUAAUAAGGGAUGAAGGAGUCUUGGCUUUGUGGAAUGGUACUUUCCCCUCCUUGCUGCUGGUCUUCAAUCCUGCCAUACAGUUCAUGUUCUAUGAAGGGUUUAAACGAAAGCUUUUGAAGACACGACUGCAGCUUACCUCUUUGGAUGCAUUCGUCAUUGGUGCAGUAGCUAAGGCAGUUGCCACCACCAUCACCUACCCCAUGCAGACAGUACAAUCAAUUUUGCGGUUUGGACGUCACAGAUUGAACCCCGAAAACCGGACACUAGGCAGUCUUAAGAAUGUUCUCUAUCUUCUUCGACAGAGAGUAAGGCGUUUUGGAUUGGUGGGACUCUACAAAGGCCUUGAAGCAAAGCUCCUGCAGACGGUCCUCACUGCCGCACUCAUGUUCCUAGUCUAUGAAAAACUGACUGCUGCUACCUUCACAGUCAUGGGAUUAAAGCAUUCACAGAAGCACUGAGAAAGUGAUCUCUGCAGCACAAUGAGCAUGGAAAUAAACUGGGGGUCUGGAGAGGGAGAUCCAAAAUCUGAGGACAGGCUGGGUAGCAAAGAAUUCUCUCUCUAAGGUCACCUCCUUCUCCAUUACUUUCCAUUCUUAUUGUCUCUGUCUCGGAAGCUGCGUGAGGAGAAAUUUAGAGUGAAGUCCAGUAGGAUUUCUGCCAGUUCUCUUUGUGGUGGCUUGUUCACUGUAUUGACAUUUUGCGACCCGAUUGUGUUAAGAAAUUAAAUGGAAAAGAAGAUUUGUUAAUUACUGGAGUGGUUUGGUUGGCUCUCUUAGGGGGAGGGAGUACUUUUACUGCACUUAAUUUUCCUUUUUUUCAACUUGUUGUCAGCCAUUCUCCUCCCUGUACUGGUUGUCAGCAGCUCCCUGUCAGGUGUUCAUCUCACCUGAUAUUUGUUCAUUAAAAUAAUUCAUGCAGAA